ACUAAUGAUACUUCUUCCUUUCACAAUAUUUCUAUACUAAAAGCUGCAAGUUCCACAACUGGACCAGAUCUGAAUUCACUAAAAAGGGAACCUUCGAGAAUAUUGAAUAAGGAUCCUUCCACCUGGUCAAUAGAGGAAGUAAUGCGUUUUGUGAAAGAAGCUGAUCCACAGGCACUAGCUCCACAUGCAGAACUCUUCAGGAGACAUGAAAUUGAUGGGAAGGCACUACUCUUACUGAGGAGUGAUAUGAUAAUGAAAUAUAUGGGACUGAAGCUGGGACCUGCCCUAAAGUUGUGCUACCACAUUGAAAGACUUAAACAAGGAAAGUUUCCUGAGGGCCUCAGCGCUGUCCCGGGGCUCGGGCGGGCUCUUGACGUCGUAGCACUGCAGCACCGAGUCCUGGGGCAGGUCCCUUUUGAAGGAAAAGUUUUUGGUGGAGACCCCCGACAGGCCCUUGAUCUUGCCGCAGAAUAUGGUGGGCACGGCGUCCUUGACGGAGACGAUGACUUUGGCUGUCUGCGAG